GUCCCCCGAUCAACAACCAAUCAGAUCACAGAUCCUUGGCCUAUAAAUAUCAAUGCAUCGAACCCUACUUGGUCCAUCGCUUCGGGUUUCAAAAUUCCCACCUACCCCUUCGAUUGUCGUUCUAAAUCGCUCGUUAGGGAUUGCGAUGGCGCCGAAGGCCGAGAAGAAGCCGGCGGAGAAGAAGCCCGCGGCCGAGAAGCCAGCGGAGGACAAGGAGAAGAAGGCCGAGAAGACCCCCGCCGGUAAGAAGCCCAAGGCCGAGAAGCGCAUCCCCUCCAAGGAUGCCGCCGCCGGUGGUGAUAGGAAGAAGAAGAAGAAGGUCAAAAAGGGGACGGAGACCUACAAGAUCUACAUCUUCAAGGUGCUCAAGCAGGUGCACCCCGACAUCGGCGUCUCCAGCAAGGCCAUGUCCAUCAUGAACUCCUUCAUCAGCGACAUCUUCGAGAAGCUCGCCCAGGAGGCCUCCAGGCUCGCUCGCUACAACAAGAAGCCCACCAUCACCUCCCGCGAGAUCCAGACCUCCGUCCGCCUUGUCCUCCCCGGGGAGCUCGCCAAGCACGCUGUCUCCGAAGGCACCAAAGCCGUGACCAAAUUCACCAGCUCGUAACUGAGAUUUGCUUUGUUGUUUCCUAGAUUUGCGUUGUGGUGUAGAAGCUUAGCAGAUUUCAAGCUUUGGUUUCCUCCUCCGUCAUUGUUCUAUGUUUCACAGCUUUCUUUGAUUUCGAUUUAUCCAAAAAUGGCUCUGUCUCUUCUUUUUCU